CCCUCGCCUCGGCCCAGCCUCGGGGUCUGGGCAGAGGGUUCCACUGUCCGCGGGCCCGCACGUCUGUGCUUCUCUACGGUGCCGGCUGCCCGGAGCCGGGAUGCGCUGCGCCCGCUGCGGGUCCUCAUUAUGGAGACCAAACGCCUGGAGAUUCCCGGCAGUGUCCUGGAUGAUCUCUGCAGCCGAUUUAUUUUGCAUAUUCCCAGUGAAGAAAGAGACAAUGCAAUCCGAGUGUGCUUCCAGAUUGAACUCGCCCAUUGGUUUUACUUGGAUUUCUAUAUGCAGAACACACCAGGAUUACCUCAGUGUGGGAUAAGAGACUUUGCCAAAGCUGUUUUCAGUCACUGUCCAUUUCUGCUGCCACAAGGUGAAGAUGUGGAGAAAAUCUUGGAUGAAUGGAAGGAAUAUAAAAUGGGAGUACCAACUUAUGGGGCAAUUAUUCUUGAUGAGACGCUGGAAAACGUCCUGCUGGUUCAGGGGUACCUGGCAAAGUCAGGCUGGGGAUUUCCAAAAGGAAAAGUAAAUAAAGAAGAAGCGCCCCAUGACUGCGCCGCUAGAGAGGUCUUCGAGGAAACUGGUUUUGAUAUAAAAGACUAUAUCUGUAAGGAUGAUUACAUUGAGCUUCGAAUCAAUGACCAGCUUGCUCGCUUGUACAUCAUUCCAGGAGUUCCAAAAGACACAAAAUUUAACCCCAAGACCAGAAGAGAAAUUAGGAAUAUUGAGUGGUUCUCCAUUGAGAAGUUGCCCUGUCAUAGAAAUGAUAUGACUCCCAAGUCCAAGCUUGGCUUGGCACCUAAUAAGUUUUUUAUGGCCAUCCCCUUUAUCAGACCACUAAGGGACUGGCUGUCUCGAAGAUUUGGAGAUUCCUCGGACAGUGACAAUGGGUUUUCCUCAGCUGGUAGCACACCAGCUAGACCCACUGUGGAAAAACUGAGUCGAACAAAAUUCCGCCACAGCCAGCAGCUGUUCCCUGAAGGUUCUCCAAGUGACCAGUGGGUAAAGCACAGGCAGCCGCUGCAGCAGAAGCCGCACAGUAACCACACGGAAGUGUCGGACCUUUUCAAAGCAAAGAAUCAAAAUAUGAGAGGGAAUGGCAGGAAACAGUAUCAAGACUCACCGAAUCAGAAGAAGAGGGCGAACGGAGUUCAUGGUCAGCCAGCAAAGCAACAGAAUCCCUUGAUGAAAUGUGAAAAGAAGCUGCAUCCACGGAAGCUUCAGGACACCUUCGAGACAGAUGCUGCAUGUGACUUGCCUUGUUCUGGUGAAGACCCGUUGGGAGAACAUGCUGAGGGACAUUCUGUAGCGUGCAAUGGACAUUGCAAGUUCCCGUUUUCUUCCAGAACCUUUCUGAGUUUCAAGUUUGACCAAAAUGCUAUAAUGAAAAUCUUGGAUCUUUGAUCCAGCCAGUGUGUUGCAGAAGUCCCACGACCUGAUCUGAGACCUAUGGCAUGUGAGUGGGUGUCUCCUCAAGCCUUACCUUUCUCAGGUAUAUGAAAGAAAUGCAGGGAGGCAAUGUUUCUAAAGAGAUUUUUCUGUACAGAAGAGAAACUAGAAAGAAACACAAGUUUGCACUGUAAAUGCAGUUAAAACUUUUUAUAUGGAUUUACCGUUUCAGUGUUUGGAACCAAGUUUUAGUUGCUUGUGUUUUUUUUGUCUUUCCCUUAUUUUGCGUGACUGUGUUUUGUUUUAUAUUCUGAUCAAGAGUUGUUUUGAUUGCAUCAUCAGCAAGUAGUCGUGGCAAUAGGAGUGCUUCACCUCCUCAUCUUAGUGAUUGUUUAUUGAAAACUGUAAAAGGAACUUAAAAACCCCAGUUACCAAUGAACUGAGCAUCAGAGCUGAACCGUGACGUGAGGAUGCAGGUGUUUGCUCAUCUCUCUGCUUCUAACCACUGAGAGAGUCUUACCCUUCUAACUGGAGUUUUGUCAGUUCAUUUAGUACCUCGUCUUCAAAACCAUACUCAUUUGCACAGUAAACCUUGAGCACUUCAUCAGGACCACGCCCACAGCCUGAAGAGAGAUGGAGUCAGUGUGCAGCUGAUGCUGUAAUGCUAAGCUGUGAUGCUUGCUGUCAAAAAACCUGUGGGUGCUGGAGCAGAGAGCAUUGAAGCGAGCAGCUGGCCGUUUCUCCAGGGCGUGCCUUGACUAUCUGCCUCCGUCUGUCUGUUCAGUAUUGUGCCAUGAUUAUGCUCGCGUGAAACAUAUAUGCAUAUUCUAGUUGUGAGUCUAUGUGGAAAACUACAUUCUUAGUUCCAUAUUGCAUCGCAGUGUUUAUCUGUGUAAGCUGAUAUUAUACUAGGUUCCAGUUUGCAGUAAUACCAGAGUGGCAUGCUUUUAAUUUAGUAUCUUGAAUCCCCUGGGUUACAAAGUGAGAAAGAAGGGGUUCUGCAAUUUACCCAGUACAAGUAAAUAAAGCAUGUCACUGGGGGACCCUGGACGUAAUGUACUUAGAUCACACCUAGGAAUGUAUUUUGUAUUUUGCUCCUUCAGAAGUCUUAAACCAAACACUGGUGACAGUACCCAUUUUGCAGAGGAUCGCCUGUUGUUGAGGACAAUCACCAGAGCUUUAAGAAGGCAAUACGAUUUUGGCUACACCUGACCUCACUGAGAAUCUGUCCUGGGGUGGAGUGGGCUGUUAGAGUGCAUGUUACACGUGCAUCUGUUGUGUGUGGUUUUAACAAGUGGUAUCCACAAAGUAUAUCUCUGCUUAUAAAUAUUACUAUAGAAAUCUUUAUUCUGUAGAUGUAGCCUUUUUAAUUGGGGUUCUACCUAAUCCCAUGAAACUUUAAAAAGAAGGGCUAUUGUAAGGAAUUCACUUGGUAUUACUACUUUGCUUUAGCUUUUAAAUGACUGAUUUUAAAGAAGAAAUUAUAUUUAUUAAUGAAAGUGUCACUCGGUGCUAAGCGGGAGACUUCACAGUGAUACAGUGUGUUUGGAAUCUUCUAUGCGACUACUUUGUGAAUCCUUCUGUGACCUUUGCUUUUUAAUGCAUUAUAUGAUUGUGUUUGGAAGCCCUUACUGUUCUUGUCAGAAAUACAGCUGCUUUGCUUGGGUCUUCUUGAGCCAUAUUUAUAGUUGGUCCCAGCAUUCCAGAUUUCUGUUAAAUGGCUAAGGGAGUGAAAACUGAAGCUUGCCUGGCAGUGGGCCACUGUCACUCCCUGACUGUCAUCUAGAAACCAUUUAGUGUGUGUGUGUGUGUGUGUGUGUGUGAGAGAGAGAGAGAGAGAGAGAGAGAGAGAGAGAGAGAGAGAGAGAGAGAGAUUGAGAGAUUGAGAUUCUUCGGUCAGUCUCUGGUGCCUGUAGAGGUUGGAUUCUCAGCUCUCAAAUACUAGAGCAAAAUCAAUUAGCAGAAGGUGUGGGCCUUAAAGUGGUUGACUGUAAGAUGUGCUGCUUCAUUUAACGCACUGUGGAACAAAGCAAGGGUAUGGUUGGGAUGCAGUUAGGAUAAAUUUAGGAUUUAGGUCUCUCAACAGUCUGAAAUGUUGAGAGAGGAAUUAAAGUUUGUAUGUAUGAUGUGACUCAACUAUGCAGAAAAUGUUAAGUUGGUGUCCUUGUUAAUGUACGUCCAGUGUACUUACUUCUUCACUGUACAGGUUAUCUGAGAGACCAUAUUUAGCACAGGACUGGAUUUCUUCUCUGAGCUAUGUUAGCAUUUCUUCAUAGGAUCUAGUGGUAAAGAUGCUGAAUAUGCAAUAAUGUGCUUCUGUGUAGUGCUGCAUUUAGAGAUGCUAGAUGGAACAGUAGAUACAUUGGCCUUAUUAUUACUUGUGUUUGAGAGGUGAGACUUUGAAAUCACUUUUAAACAUCCUUAGGAUCCAACUGCAUGUGUUCCAAGGUGCAGUGCACUGUGAAUCUUUUUAAGUUUAAGUUUGUAGGUGCUUUUAUGUAUAACUUAAAUGGUUUGAAGAAUGUUAAAUAACUUUGUCCUUAACUAUUGUACUCAAAGAGACAAAAGAUACAGUUUACAUACUUCCUGUAAGAUUUUGUUAAGAAAUAGUGAAUGAAUGACUCUAGGAUUUCAAACAGAGGUUCCAUCCUGAGGCAUGAGCACUUAGUGCCUGGAAUAACCUGAUAGAUCUGAUAGCUUGAAUAAAUUGGUGAGACGCGUUGAAAGAUCUAACUAGGUUUUCGAACCAAUAUGUGAAAGAUAGUUGCCCAGAGGGAUUGUGGUCACUGCUUGCUGCUUUGACCUUUGAAUAUCAUUAUUUUUAUAUUAAAUGCUAAUUAGUAAAUAUAGAUAGUGGAGCUAUAUAGCAGAUUAAUAUUAUGCUGUAAGACUUGGCUAUGCUUUUUUUCUUUUGGGGGUUUUAAUAAUUUACAUGUCAAUAAAAAUGCAAAUCUAAGAGAAUGACUAUAGGAAUCAGAUUCCUUUAUAAAAUGCUGUGUUUUCUAAAAAUGUCAAGGACUGGCACCUGUGUGCAUUAAAAAAAACCAUUUCAUUACCAAAUUCAUUACCAGUCCUGUUUCUCUAGCAUUAGUUCAACAAUAAGGAGAGAGUGGGACCUAGAAAUGAUAAUUCGCUGGACAGGUUUUUUUCCUAUGCCUCUUGGCCUUUGCUAUGUGCCGCGUUAGAGAUUUUAAUGAUAGCUGUUGUGUCCAUGUUCUCUGAGGCAGUAUUUUCUUUGUAUUAUUAUUCGUGGCUGUAUUCAUUAAUACUUCUUCCUCCUGUUUUUGAGUUGGAUGAUUGUGUAGUAUUAUUAUUAUUGAGAAAAGAGGUUCAAACGUGUUAUAACUAGAAUUGACCAUCAACAAAGGACACCACUACCAGGUCUAAUGGUAUUCUUCACCUUUGUGUAUGUAGUGUUACUCCUUAGAGCUCAGUAAAGCUGGGCUAGAAUGGCUGGUUCCUGGUGUCCUAACACUUCAAGAAUACAUUUGUAUAGUUUCUUAAAAGCCUAGAAAUGGGCUUAUAGUAGGCCUCUCCACAUCUUUCUUUCUAUAUAUGUACAAUUGUCACUCCUGAAGCCUGUGUCAGAAGGCAGAUUGAGAUCAGCAGUAUAAGAUUUGUCAUAAGGAUAUUGUCAUUUUCAAGUGUGUUGUGGGAAAGGAUCUUGAAAAGAACAGACUGUCAACAGUUGCGGGGCAGAGUGAGGAAGAAACUGCUGCGCAUUCUGACACUUGAGUGCUUUCAGGAAAGAUGUUCAGGUGAGGAGUGUGGCCAGUGCCUGCCCAAGCACAGCUGAGCUGUGCAGUUCGGCCCAGGCAUUUUCUACUCCUUGGUGAAGUAUUGUUUUCUAAGUGUGAUCGCCAAGCAAUCCAUGAAUGCUAAUGGAAUUCUUUUCACCCUAAGGACCAGUGUUUGAGUUCUCUCUGUGUUGAUUCUGCUGAGCUGUAGGCUCUCUGAGUUUGGGGGGGGUUUGUUUGGUUUUUGUUACUUUAAUUUCUUUUUAAUGUGUAUGUAUGUUUUGCCUGUAUAUUUGUUUGUAUACCACAUGUGUGCCUGGUGCCCAAGGAGACCAGAAAAAGUGUGUUGGAUGAUUCCCCCAGAGUUGGAGUUCAGAGUGUUGGGAAUGGAAACCCAGGUCCUCUGCCAGAGCUCUUAACCACUCUGUUGUUAGAUAACAAGAUAGCCCAGAGUGUUGCUGCGCAGUGUUGUGGAAGUGCGGGAGCAGUCUCCUUGUGAAAAAGAGCAUUUGUCACUAAAGUACUCUACAGCCAUUGAAAGUGAAGACUCGGCCCACCCUCCUGAUAGAAGUGUACAGAAGGGCGUGUCUGUCGACUUAGUCUGUCAGGCUUUGUUUGUUUGGGUUUUCCCUGUCUACAUCUUUGUGUUAAAGCUCAGAGGCUUCAUUUUCAGACAUGUUCAGAGUGGAAUAUCUAAUUCGAAGCCGGCCAUAAAGAGAUUACAUUAAUCUUGGGUCUUAGUGUAGCAGAGGGGCAAAUUCUGUCUCUGGGUCAUAGUUUAAAAGGAAUUCACCCCAAGGUGCUACUACCAGUUGGGCAGCGUUGACUGAGGGCUCUCUGGAAAAGGAACCACAGGAGUGUCAGUGUGUGACUUGGUCGUCCUUGUGGACAUGGGCUCUUUAGUGAGAGGUAAAUGUGUCUGCUGUGGGGGUUGUGGUUUUUAUUGAUGUUGUUACUAGUUUGUCGAGUGAGCAUCUGUUUCAUUAACCCUCGGGCUUUUUGUUUGUGCUAUGUCUCGAAUAUAUCUGACACCAUGAGAACUUGCUGUUACUUUAACUCCUGAGCCUCAAGUAGCUAGAAGGGGCUGUGUUCUCUCAAAUCAAUGUAUAUAGCUGUGAAAUUCUGUGGGAGCACAGAAAACACGUCGAGGUUCUCUUUGGUAGCUUUAGAAUGACAUGGGCAGCAUUUCCUAACACUCAGUUCUUAGGAUAGUGAGCUUUUGAAGUAGAAGGUAGAGCACUUUCUAAUUUUAAUUAUUUGAUCCAAAUGUAAAACAGUAGCUCUAGACUGGCGAAGCAUUUGGGAUACAACUGUACAUUUCUAAAGCCAUUUCUCAAACUUUAAGACAUUUAGCACGGCCUUUGCAAUCUUCAGCAGAAGCUUGAAUGCAAGCAGAGGUUGGUGACUGAUGCUGGCGGGUGGCGGGGAGAUGCAGUAAUGCUUGUGGGGUAUGAACGGCAAUGGACUUGGAUGCAUGAGUGCACGGUGCCUUGGAAAAGCGUGCUGGCCCUGCAGGAAUCUGCGUUAUCACUGAUGUCUGUGGAGCACAUUUUAGGCUAUGUUUGAAUGUCUCACAAGUAACUAUUUAGUGUCAAAUGCAAGACUCCAAGGAGCUGAGCCUUUCAUUUUAUGUGUUGUUUCAGAUUAGGACAAGAGACAAUUCACGUCUGUUGUAUAAAUAGUAAAUUUUUUUUUCAAUUAAGCAAAUAGGGCAAAACGGUAAAACCAUCAACUUUGUUUUAGUUUUUGAAAACUUUUUUAUAUUUUCUGAGAAGUUUUAAAUAUUAUGGUAGUUGUAAAAAAUGAGUAUUGACUUACUAGACCUAUGUAUAAUUCAAUUAAUCUGUUGGCUUCAAUGAAACCGUAAUGAAUCUUCAUGAAUGUUCAUGUAUUUAGCUAUUUUAAGUGAUAUUCUUUUAAUUCAGAUAGUCUUAAAUCAGGCCAGUAGAGAUGAUGCACACCUGUAAUCCCAGCACUUGGGAGGCAGAGACAGGUGAAUCUCUGAGUACAGAGUGAGUUCCAAGAUAGCCAGGGAUUAAUUACCCUGAGAAACCCUGUCUGGGGGCAGGAGGGGGGGACGGGUGGGGGUGGGGUAAGUGUAACAAAAGGAAGCAUGGGUAGGAGAGUGGUUAAGAUUUGGAUAUUUUUUAUGCAUUGUGUCUUUGGUUUGUAGUACUUUACACUAUGCUUUGAAGACCUGAUGUUCUUAACAGUGUAAUCUUCAAACAGUCUAAUUAAUUCUAACUGUGUCUGGGAAAGUUGUAAACAUGCUGAGUCAUAGAAGCUACAAAAAGCUGGUACAUGAAUUUUGGUGAAAUUGCUUCAUUAAUGAUACAAUGUUCAGUGAAAAAAUCUAGGCUUUAGAAUAAGUAGAUUUGUAAACUUUGUUUCUUCAUUAAUUGGUUUUGUCUUAUAUGAAAUGAUUUAACCUAGAAUCUUUGCCAGACUUAUAGCCAUUUUUUUUAUAUUUUAUUUGGAGAAAGAUGAUGCAAACAAACCCUUUACAUAAUUAUGUCUGUGAUAAUAUGAAAGUAUUUGCUUUAUUGUAGUUAUUAGUCAGAUAUUUAGGGAAACCAAAAAGGAAGCCCCAGAAUAGCUUGUUGGGUUCACUGUAGUGAGACAGCAUCCUUUAGUGCAGCAUUUAUUUAGUGUGCUCCCCUCCCCCACCCAGUUUGGUGUCUACGAAUGAUUGGAACUGCCUUUCACCUACAUUGAUGUGACUCGGUUAUGUAAAUUAGUGAUGCUGGAGCACUGCCCUUCCAAAGAUGUGGGGUGACUGACACCUGUGUUCUCCACUGAGAAAAAGUGUGCUGUAACGUCUAAAAGUUUUUUAAUGUGAUCCACACUAAGUUCGCUAAAAAUGUACCUUAAAGAAUGCACUGACAGGGAUGGAAGGCUGCUCACAUCGGCUUUCUGUCAAAUACUGUGCGCUUUGGUCCAAUUCUGUAACAAAUUACCCAUAAACUGGGCUGCCUAGGCACAGUUAGUUACUAUUCUACCUUUGGUUCUGUUCUGUUUACUUCUUUCUGUAGCUGUAAGUCAUUGCUGUUACUUAGUUAUUGCAGGUUGUUACUCUGGACCAAAAAGGUUAGGCAUGUGUAGGAUAAACGUGAGAAGUUGUUUGCAUUCAUAGGAAUAUAGAAGGUAGAAUUUAUUCAGAGAUGAAAGUGGCCUGUGGCAAUGUCACCUUAACCUCAGUUCAGCUUGGCUCUUGAGCUGGAGUGCAGUGGUGAGCAGGAGAGAGAAAUCACACGUGUAAAGCGCAGCCGUUCCUAGGCUUCAGCCAGAACCAGACUUGCCAGCAGGAAGUCCCAUUGUCCCUGCCUCUCAGGCAGCAGCAGUUAAUUCACUGUUCUCCUAGAGUCCUCAGCUAUGUAACUGUUGUCAAGCGCGCUCUCCACGGGGCAGAAAGUCUGGGUUCCGACACUCCUGAUGUGCUAGGAAACUGCUUGCUAUCUCCUAGCUUACAGUAGACUUCCUGAAACUUUACUUUUUUUCUUGUUUUCAAUAGAGAACCUUCUGUUUAUGCUGUAUGUGAAGACAGCCAAAUAAAAAUUGGUGAUAAGUGAGAA